AUGGGACUCCUCUCGAGCCUGAGCGGUUUGGCAGAGGCCAAUCUGGAAAUCAAGACCCUCGCAUAUUGUGUACUCGCAUUGCUAGUUGUUUAUUGGGCGAGCCUUGCGGUUUAUCGACUCUACGUAAGCCCACUCGCACGGUUUCCAGGGCCAAAGCUUGCGGCUUUGACGUACUGGACCGAAAUCUACUAUGAGCUCAUCCACGGUGAAGGGGGACAAUAUUUCUACAAAUACCGCGAGUGGCACGAGAAAUAUGGGCCCAUUGUCAGGAUUAAUCCCAGAGAACUGCACAUCCAAGAUGCCUCGUUCUUCGAGACAUUUUACAUGUCCGGAAAGCCCGCCAACAAGCUCAAAGAAUUAGCGCACCGCUUCAACAACCAGACCUCAGCAAUCUCCACGCCUGACCAUUUCGUACAUCGGACACGUCGCAACGCUCUCAACCCAUUCUUCUCCAAGCGCAGGAUCUCCGAGCGAGUGCCCCUCAUCAAGCGCCAAAUGGACGAGAUCUGCCAGCGUCUAGAGAAAGAGUUCCGGGACACUGGUCGGGUGCUUGUUGUAGACGACAUGUUUGGCUGCUGGGCGACUGACAUCAUCGCUGAAUACUGCUUCGAGAGACAAUAUGGCUUUAUCCGAGAACCGGACUUCAAGUCAGGCUUUGUGGAUGUUAUGAUGGAUCUUGUGGAGCCGAUUCUAUGGGUUACACAUUUCCCUUUGAUCAUCAAGCUCAUGCAGAGUUUGCCUGAUUCCGUAGUGAGCUGGCUUAAUCCUGGCAUGAAGAACGUGCUGGACUUUAAUGCUGAAAUGCUCGCCCAGGUCAACGAAGCCCUAGGGCAUGCGCAAGAGACGGACUCGAAAGGCCAACGCGCAGAAACAAUCCUCACUUCCAUCAUCCAAUCCGAUAUUCCUCGCUCGGAAGUAGCACCCGAGCGCCUACAACAUGAAGCGAUUAGCCUCAUGGGAGCGGGCAUUGAGACUACCAUGCGCGCACUAACCCUCUCCAUCUUCCACAUCACCAACACCCCCUGGGUAAACCAGCGCCUGCGCGAAGAGCUCAACGCAGCCAUUCCAGACCCAGCCAAUCUCCCUUCAUGGGAAGCACUAGAACAACUGCCCUUCCUGGCAGCCUGUAUCAACGAAUCUCUCCGCCUCUCCUACGGAGCCUCAGGUCGUCUCCCGCGCACCCUCAACGAACCCACCCAGUACAAAGAACACAUCAUCCCACCAGGAACAGUCAUCAGCAUGGACAUCCCCAGCGUCUCCCACGACGAGGACAUUUUCCCAGACUCGCACACCUACAAUCCAGCCCGGUGGCUGGAUUCCCCCCGCGCGCCGGACGGCCGACUCCUGACGCGGUACCUGGUGUCCUUUUCGCGCGGCCCGCGGUCUUGCGUGGGAAUGCAGCUGGCCUAUGCGGAGCUGUAUAUUGGGCUCGCGAGCCUUAUUCGCAGAUUCGACUUUGAGUUGUAUGAGACGGAUCGCUCGGAUGUGGAUUUGGCGAGGGAUCGCUUUAUUCCGCGUGCUAAGGCCGCGAGUAAGGGGGUUAGGGUCCUCGUUAAAUAA